UGCCAGGUGAGGUGGAUGUCAGGAAGAAGCAAAGCAUAAAAUAUUCAACUCAAUCGGAUGUCCUCCACCCAACUCGCCAGGCAUGCCGGGUAGUCCUGGAAGACGCGGGUUGGUUGGCUUCAGAGGUCCUCCGGGUUUUGUGGGAAGACCAGGAAUCAAAGGUAACGGUUGUGGUGUCACUUGCUGUUGAUGUUUGUGUUGCUUGACUUUGUCACCAUUAUGGAACUCCAGGACAGAAAGGAGACGAGGGCGACAAGGGAAGUCAGGGGCCUCAGGGGUUUGUGGGACCCAAAGGAGGCCGAGGGUUCAAAGGUAGGGGGACGAACACAUUUGGGUUGUUCAAGUUUUCUGUUCCUGACCUGUUGUUAUGAUUCUGCAGGUGAGAAAGGGGAAAGGGGUUUAGAGGGUCUCCCAGGUGAGCCAGGUCCAAAAGGAGAUGAUGGUGUCUGUCCCGAGGCAUGCGAUGCCAUCCAGGGCCCUGAAGGAAUCCCCGGUCUGCCAGGCCCCGCAGGACCAAGGGGUCUUCCUGGCAAACCGGGAGAGACAGGAUCAAAAGGUCUUAAGGGUGACACAGGGGAUGUGGGUCACCCUGGUGCCCCUGGUUAUGAUGGUGUCAAAGGAGAACCCGGCCUUCAGGGGGAGUGUAAUUGUACGGAUGGACUAGAUGGUGAUUCAGGGCAGAAGGGUGCCAAGGGGGACCAGGGAGACCAGGGUCAGAUGGGGCCUCCAGGGGACAGAGGUUUACCAGGGUAUAAGGGUGACAUGGGGGACACGGGCUACAUGGGUCCUCCCGGUCCCUGUAUGCCCAGCAUCCAGUCUGCUUUUGCCGCACAACUCCAGUACAGUUACCCCCCGCCUAAUGCUCCAGUGGUGUUUGGGUAUGUCGUUUACAACGUCCAAGGCAGUUAUGACCCCACCUCUGGACUCUACACCGCUCCCAUCAAUGGGACCUACGUUUUCAGCUACCACCUGACAGUCCACGUGCGGCUCCUCAAAGUUGGCCUCUUCCAUAAUUUUGUGCCAGUUGUCAAGACGACAGAUCCAACUGCCUUAGGUACCACCUCCCAUUCAGUCGUCCUUCACCUGUCCCGGGGAGACCAGGUCUGGAUCCAGGUCAAGGACAACCUGAGCAAUGGCAUGUUUGCUGGGGCGGAGGCCGCCAGUACCUUCACUGGCUUCCUGCUCCAUCCGGACUCCUGCGACAUGACGUUGCUGAGAAGCCCCUUACCGGUCCUGACCCCACCGGAGACCGGGUUCAGUUGGGGCGGCGCAUUGGGAUACAACACGACUGAAUAUAGUACACCAGCAACCACUACCGGAUCCAGUUAGCUUGUAGUUCUACAAUAAUUCUACUGGGAAUGCCCAGUAGAACUAUUGUAGAACUCCCUGAUGGUGGAUUGGUUGUUUCAGACCCAAAGAAUGGUUGGGAAUAAAACUGGGGACGGAUCACCAUUGGAACUUUCAUUGGUUGUCUUCAUCAGGCAGAAGAAGCCAGUUGUCAAGGAAUCGUCCAACAGGAAAAACAAACAUUUUUUUCUAGCUUGCAACUUCAUUUAUUACGUUCAUGUUGGAGUCGAUGAAGAAUUUGAUGUUCAUGCAUGAAUAAUAAACCUCAGCAUGUUUUAAGCCAAUAAAAUCAAGCAUUGAAAGGUAUUCUGUUCACACAAGUCAACCAAUUCAACGACCUUACGGAAGCAUAGCAUGUAGCACCUAGCGCAUAGAGGAUGCUCGGAGAACGACACAGCAGGAGUCAUCGCGUCGGCUAUCUUUGUAGUUCAAGUGUCGCUGGGAGAGUCAUCGUCGUCACCAACCACCCCUCUCAGGAAGGAUCGUUUAAAGUCCUCAAAGCAGAUGUCAUCCGACUCACUGCCGUUGAAUAAUGAGAAGAUGGCGUGUUCAAAAUGACAUUUUGUGUCCGAGAUGUAUUAGAAAGAAGAAAAAAUAAACUCACGUUGCUUUGGCUGAAAGGAAAAAGAAAAAAAACAUCAAAGGAUAUACUGAUAUCUUUCCGAUGUUUUACAUUUUCUAA